UAAACCGGGACAAGGCUUAAACGUAUGGGAAGCUAGUAACUUGUAAAUAGUGUAUUUGUUUGGUUUGUUUGUAGCACAGGGUUUCCUUCUGGCGGUUGCGUACUAGUGCACUUACUUGCUGCUGCCGCCCUCCCUUUCCUUUCCUUUCCUUAUCUUGUCUAUUUCAAAUUCUCGAAUACAUUUUGAUUUUAUGGACAACAAUAACAACAACAAAAAAGACGAAAGCAGCAGCAGCAAGAUGGAUUCAAACCCUAACAACAAUAAUUCUGAAAACCCAACUAGUACUAGAAGACCCUUCACCAAUCUGAGUCAAGUUGAUGCUGAUCUUGCCCUUGCUCGUACUUUACAAGACCAGGAAAGGGCAUAUAUGAUGUUGAGAAUGAAUAAUAAUAAUAAUCAUGGUGGGGAUGUUGAUGACGAUGAGAGUGAUGAUCACGAGAGUUGGGAAACCGUAAGUUAUGUCAAUGAUGACGAAUUAUUGGAUCAUCACAAUAGCGAACAAGAACAAGAUGAUGACGCAGAUGCAUUUGAUAUCCAUGCUCACCUCGGAUCUGAAGGAGGAGGAGUAGCACAACCACCAGCCGUUGUUGAAUUGGAUCCCGCUUCUUUCCCAAACGACGAGGCUUAUGCAAGAGCACUUCAAGAUGCCGAGGAUCAAGAAAUGGCUGCUAGACUCUUGGCUCUCACUGGCAUUCAUGAUAUGGUUACCGACAAUGACCAAGAUGAUGACCACGACGAAGACGAUAAUGAUGUUGAUGAUGACGAUCAUCAUCACCGCCAGGAUGCAUGGAAUGAUGUUGACCCGGAUGAACUAUCAUAUGAGGAAUUGAUUGCUCUGGGUGAAGUAGUUGGAACUGAAAGUAGAGGCCUUUCUGCUGAUUCAAUUGCUUCUUUACGGUCAAUGACAUACAAGACCCAAAAUAUUCAGAACGGAAGCAGUGAAACAUGUGUUAUCUGUCGCUUAGACUAUGAUGAUGGUGAUAACUUGAUCUUGCUUUCAUGCAAACACUCAUACCAUGCUGACUGCAUAACCAAUUGGUUGCAAAUAAACAAGGUGUGCCCUGUUUGCAGCACUGAGGUCUCCACAUCUGGUGCUGCUAGUUGAUGUACAUGAUGGUUACAGGUGAGGAAAUCCUGGUUUCAGAAUUCAUUGUGUGAAAAGAUCGUAAUCCUCAUUUAUGAUAGUUAGUGGUGUUGUAUCUUGGUUAGCAAUCUUUUGUCAUGGAAUAUUCUUUGGGAUUGUGUUUCUGAUUUGUCUAAAUGUCUUGAAUAUUGGUGUUUGUUGUA